UACCCUUUGCCAAAGUUUCAAAAAAGUGCGUUGUUUAGGAGCGCACGGGCGAAUUGAGAUAUUGCACACGCGCACUUCACAAAGUAGUCGUUCAUUACGGAAAUAUCAAAAUAAAUGCUGGAACACGUCAAUAGGAUUUCACUGGAAUGUGCUUGGCUCUACUAACUAUGAUUGACUUGGUAACAUUGGAAAGACAGGCUCUGGUUUAUGUUGGGUUAGUUAUAAAGCUAUUUUUGUCCACUGUGGGGCUCUAUUCUGGGGGUUUCCAAACACGGUCGUGCCACCUGAAAUUUCUGGAAGAUUGCCCAUUAUUUCGUUUUUCUAAAGACACAGAAAACGGAGGCAGUGGGAGAACCUAUUCAAGGCAACCAUGUCUGACAGAAAAGCAGUCAUAAAAAAUGCGGACAUGUCGGAGGAGAUGCAGCAGGACGCAGUGGAGUGCGCCACGCAGGCACUGGAGAAGUACAACAUCGAGAAAGACAUCGCUGCAUACAUCAAGAAGGAGUUUGACAAGAAGUACAACCCCACCUGGCAUUGCAUCGUAGGGAGGAACUUUGGCAGCUACGUGACCCAUGAGACCAAGCAUUUCAUCUACUUCUACUUGGGCCAGGUGGCCAUCCUGCUUUUCAAAUCUGGCUAAGCGGCCAGCGGCCCCAGCCCCUUCAACACCAACUGACCAUUAAAUACUGACUCGACAGAAAGGCUCUAUCAUCCUGGUCAAUGGGGACUGCCUUUUUCUGUGCUGCUUUGUUUAUGAAAGAAAAAAUACAUGGCCAUGUGAGAUUAAACACUUGUAUUUAUUUUUGUUUUCUACUACAGUAGAUUUGAUGUCACCGGUUUUUAUUUUUAUUAAAGCGAUAUUGUUUGGCUCUCUGG